AUGACGGACACGAAGACACGCGGCACGAUCUCGCUGAAGGGCUCGGCGACGCUGGUACAGGAGUUCUUUAAUUACGGCAUCAACAGCAUCCUGUACCAGCGCGGCAUCUACCCGGCCGACUCGUUCAAGAGGGAGAAGAAGUACAACCUGCCCCUCUACGUCACCGCCGACCCGAAACUACUCGAGUUCCUGGAGCCGCUCUUCAAGCAGGUCGAAGAUUUCCUGGCAAAGAAGCUGCUGAAGAAGCUGGUGGUCGUCAUUCAAGAGGUUCGCACGAAGGACGUGCUCGAGCGCUGGCAAUUCGACAUCGAGACUGAGGACGUCGCCGAUGAGGGGGAGAACUCGACGCGCCAGAAGGAUGUGAAGACCAUCCAAAAGGAGAUGAGCGACGUCAUUAGGCAAAUCACGGCGUCGGUGAGCUUCCUGCCGUUGCUGGAGCAGGCGUGCUCGUUCGACGUGCUCAUCUACACGAAGAAGGGGGGCCGAGGCGCCGAAGGACUGGACAGACAGCGGCGCCUGUCUCAUCAAGGACGCCGAACAUGCAACGGUUCUUCAUUUUCCUAUGGGGAUCUGGAAGCGGUGCAACUGCGAUCGUUCUCGACGGCGAUCCACAACGUGCAGACGGCCGUCCAAUACAAGCCCGAUCUC